AUGGAUAUUUUCUCACAUCCAAAUAUUUUUCAUUCAAGAUUUCGUUAUCACACAUUGAAAAUAAUAAAAAAAGAAUGUUUUUCAUUAUUUUCUCAUAGUCAACAAAGACAACUGCCAACUAAUGAGCAAAUCAUUCAACCUAUUAAAAUUGAUUUUAUUAGAUAUUUAAACAAUGGGAAUCAAUAUCUUACACCAAACUUCUACAAUGCUUUUGCUUGGAAAGAUAUUUAUGUGUCUUCAGAUGAAUUCAACUGCUCCUUGGACUUAAGUCCCGUCAAAACUCUUGAUCGUUCAGAUUUUGUGUUGAAUUUACGGUAUCUAAGUGAUGAUUUAGAACCACGAUGCAAUGAUAAAUCAUUUGACGAUUUUGUAAUGUCCCUCCAUAAUCUCCAGAAAGAGCAAGAGCGAAAGAAAAAAGAAGCUCGAUCAGGACGUUUUAAUACAUUACCGAAACGACCAAAAGUUGACAGAUUAAAGCAUCGAUCUGAACCAAAAGCUGAAAAAUAUCGAUAA